UUCAGUCCUACUGUAAACUUAUCGGACAAGUGCAUGAAGUCAGUUCCAUGCCAGAGCUGUUAAAUAUGUCAAGAGAGCUGAGUGAGUUGAAGAAAAAUCUUAAGGAUGCUACUGCUGCAAUCGCAGCUGAGCCUCUGACGACAGAAUCUGAGCCCACAUUCAAUUCUACAGAAGCAGCUAUUCAGUCCAUGCUGGAAUGUCUGAAAAACAAUGAACUUGUUAAAGCUGUCCGACAAAUAAGAGAAUGCAGGAUUUUGUGGCCCAAUGAUAUCUUUGGAAGUAGCUCUGACGACGAAGUCCAGACACUGCUGAACAUUUACUUCCGGCACCAAACCUUGGGUCAGACGGGCACCUACGCACUGGUGGGCUCCAACCAGAGCCUGACUGAAAUCUGUACCAAAUUAAUGGAACUGAAUAUAGAGAUCCGUGACAUGAUUCGCAGAGCUCAGAGUUACCGGGUCAUCAAUACUUUUCUUCCAGACUCCAGCGUUUCCGGCACAAGUCUCUGACAGGACUCUGGUGUCCUCUCUCAAGCUGGGAGUGCUGCCCUGUUGGAGUGAGGUGGCUCAAUGUCUUCUCAGCCUUACAAAGGUUUGGUCAAACUGUACUCACUCUUGUUACAUUUAGGAUUUCUUCUAAAAAGAUACGGGCUGAACUUCAAAUGUGUAGCAAUACUGUAAGGACAAAGGUAGCAUAGAGCAUUUGGGACAACAUCCUUUGUUCUCUGUUGCACAAAAAUCAGCAUUUCACUGAGCAACUGCAACUCACUACUGAAGAAGUGACUUCCAUUGCAUACCAAAGCCUACUACACUGAACAAUACUUCCUUUAUAGCAAAUUAAUUUUAGGUUGGCAGAAGUGCAAUGUUUCCUCACAAAAUAAUAUUUUUUGUUAAAAAAAAACCUUGUACAUUUUUUUCCUUUUUUUCUCCUAUUUGGUUGAGUGAAAGAUGGGCAGAAUGAAGCUGGCCACAGAAUCUCGCAAACUGUUUGGUCAAAAGCUGAGAGCCUGUGUAUAUGAAACAAAUCGUAAAUGGACUACAGUUCAAUGUACACUGCAAUUUGAAUA